GGGCUGAGCAUUUGCAAAUUCCGGCUCCAGAGCGCGGGGAGCAUCCUACGAGCCACGCCGGGCCGCCAGCAGCGGCAGGGCAGGACGAGGCUUCCCGGCUCCCGGGGAUCCCCAGCGCCUCCUCCCCGGCCGGCCGAGCCCUGCCCGCGCUGCCGGAGCCGCAGCAUCGCCCGCAGGCAGCGCUCAGCACAGCCCGGCCCCUGUCCCCGGCGCGCAGGCACGGGCACAGCCCUGGGCUGAAAAGUCAUGACAGCUGAAAAGACAAUUCCUAUAAUUAAUGGCAAGCCAGAAGAUGCUUUGGACCCAGAAGCCUCAAGCACCAACCUCGUCCACAGCAACGAUAAGAAAGUUCAUGAAAGAGGUCACUGGAACAAUAAGGUUGAAUUUGUGCUUUCUGUGGCAGGGGAGAUUAUCGGGCUGGGAAACGUCUGGAGAUUCCCCUAUCUUUGCUACAAGAACGGAGGAGGUGCUUUCCUCAUCCCCUACGUGGUCUUUUUUAUCUGCUGUGGAAUCCCAGUAUUUUUCUUGGAGACGGCCUUGGGACAGUUUACAAGUGAAGGAGGCAUCACAUGCUGGAGGAAAGUUUGCCCUCUCUUUGAAGGCAUUGGCUAUGCUACCCAAGUCAUAGAGGCACACCUAAAUGUGUAUUACAUCAUCAUUUUAGCAUGGGCUAUCUUCUAUUUGUUCAACUGCUUCACUACAGAGCUUCCCUGGGCUUCCUGUGGCCACGAGUGGAAUACAGAAAACUGUGUGGAAUUUCAAAAACUUAACAUGAGCAACUGCAGUCAAGUCUCUUUACAAAAUGCCACUUCUCCAGUGAUGGAAUUCUGGGAGCGACGGGUGCUGGCGAUUUCGGCCGGGAUUGAGCACAUGGGGAACCUGCGCUGGGAGCUGGCGCUGUGUCUCCUGGCUGCCUGGACCAUCUGCUACUUCUGCAUCUGGAAAGGGACCAAAUCCACCGGAAAGGUUGUGUACGUGACAGCCACCUUCCCCUACAUCAUGCUGAUGAUCCUCCUGAUCCGCGGGGUGACGUUACCCGGCGCCUCCGAGGGCAUCAAGUUCUACCUUUAUCCCGACAUCUCCCGCCUCUCCGACCCACAGGUGUGGGUGGAUGCUGGCACACAGAUCUUUUUCUCCUAUGCCAUCUGCUUGGGGUGCCUGACAGCCCUGGGGAGCUACAACAACUACAACAACAACUGCUACAGAGACUGCAUCAUGCUCUGCUGCUUGAACAGUGGCACAAGCUUUGUUGCUGGUUUUGCUAUCUUUUCAGUUCUUGGAUUUAUGGCUUAUGAACAAGGCGUGCCCAUUGCAGAAGUUGCAGAAUCAGGACCAGGGCUUGCAUUCAUUGCUUACCCUAAAGCUGUCACCAUGAUGCCUCUGUCUCCUCUGUGGGCAGCUCUGUUCUUCAUGAUGCUCAUAUUCCUGGGCUUGGACAGUCAGUUUGUGUGCGUGGAGAGCAUCGUGACGGCCGUGGUGGACAUGUACCCCAAGGUGUUCCGCAGGGGCUACCGCAGGGAGCUGCUCAUCCUCGGCCUCUCCGUCGUGUCCUACUUCCUGGGCCUCAUCAUGCUGACGGAGGGUGGGAUGUAUGUCUUUCAGCUCUUUGACUCCUAUGCAGCCAGUGGGAUGUGCCUGCUCUUUGUUGCCAUUUUUGAGUGUGUCUGCAUAGGCUGGGUGUACGGCAGCAAUCGCUUUUAUGAGAACAUUGAAGACAUGAUUGGGUACAAACCUGUGUCGUUGAUUAAGUGGUGCUGGAUGGUCCUAACUCCAGGUAUUUGUGCAGGGAUCUUCAUCUUUUUCCUGGUGAAAUACAAGCCCCUGAAGUACAACAAUGUGUACAUCUACCCUGACUGGGGCUACGGCAUCGGCUGGAUGAUGGCACUCUCCUCCAUGGUCUGCAUCCCGCUGUGGAUCUGCAUCAAGCUCUGGAAGACAGAAGGCACCUUCAUGGAGAAAUUCAGGAAGCUGAUUACACCUAGCUCAGACCUGAAAAUGCGGGGCAAGCUCGGAGGAGGAGCCUACAUUGCAGCAAUAAAUGACUGCGAUGCCAAACUGAAAGGAGAUGGCACCAUUUCCACCAUCACAGAAAAGGAGACACAUUUCUAAAAGAACUUUUUUUUUGGGUUGUUUUAUUUUUUUUUCUUUUUUUUUUUGUAUAAAGAAAUAAAUAAAUUCACUUAAUUAUAGAGGCUGGCUUGUUUUGCACAGAAUUUUAUUAACCAGUUAAUUUUAAAAGUGAAAAUUGUAUACUUGUUUAAAAAGUGAUUUUUUAAAAAUUGCUCUAUCUGUAAUGAUUCUGUAAAAGCAAAAAAAAUAGUAUUAUAUGGUCUGUUAGUGAUGACUUCUUGUAAUAUGGUGAUUCCAGUCAAUGUUUUUUUUUCUAGACUUUAGAGGGACCUGUAUAAUGUGCUGUAAAACUUUUCUACUUUGAUUUGUGGCAGGUGUAAUGUUGUAUAGACCUUCUAACCUGUAAGCAUUUCAGACCAUUUCAGCUGUCCGUGUGUGUAUAUAAAGGGCACCAGCCUGUCCUGUGGUUUGCUUGGGAAGAAAUCUCCUUUCAGGGCGAGAUCGGUGACGCCGACGGCGCCUCAGCUGCUCCCACCUCCUUCCCUCCACCCUGCACCGGCUUCCAAAGGGCUGGAAAUGUGGAAUGGGCCCAUCCUGAGCCACUGUUUUCCUGGAGAUUGGACUGGUUCUGGUUCUGAAGGGCUCUGAAUUUUGCUGCUGUAAGUUCCUGGUCUCCGGGAGGAUGUGCUCCUCAGGAGACCUCCCAAACCUUUCCAUUUUCCUGCGUGGGUGGCUGCUCCUGAAUUUUGGCUGGCACUUCCCAUUCCCUGGAGUGACCCAUGCUUGUCUGUGCUCCUACAACAGGAGAUGGAGGUUAUUUCACAGAGCUGGAGAUGUUCUGAGGGGAAAAGAACAGGUUUAGGACUCUCUCUGUCUGUACAGCAACCCAUUCCCUCCAAAGGCAUCCAGGAUCCCACUCUGCCAUUGUGUAGCACUACACAGCUCCUCUGCUGGCACAGGGUGGGGUUUUGGGGUGUCCUGUGCAGGGCCAGGAGCUGGACUGGAUGAUCCUGCCAGCCCAGAGCCUUCUGAUUCCUCUUCAAGGUCCUUUCCAGGUCCCCUCAGAUCAGGCACUGAUUCCUCUGCCGGGGAUGGGAUCAAGGCUUGGGCUGAAGUCAGAGCAGGAGUUUCUUUAGCAGAAGGUUGGGGUAAUGUCCUUUAUCUCUGCAGGAGUCCCAGGAGGUCAUUUCUGGUGGUGCAGGGGAAGGGAUUCACUCGGGGGAAUUGUGACCCCUCAGUGUCACAGAGGGAGCAGUGCUGGGUUUAAAGCCUUGGUCAAGCCUUGGUCUGGAUUGACUCCCUGGUUUAAAGCUGGUUUUGCACGUGGAUGGUUGUUCCAGGAGGUGUGCAGAUGCCCCAGUAUCAAAACCCCUGAGCUCUGCCUUAGGAUGUGGGUUUUUUACCUGAGAACGUUCCAAACACUGCUAUUUGCUCUGGACAAUUUUUUUCUUGGCCUGUUUUUGUUAUUUUGUUGUGUGAGAAACCUGUGGAGGAAGAGCAUCGUGCACUGCACAGGAUUUGGGGGCAGAGACAAGAGACAACCCAGAAGAAAUGUCAUAAAUCCUGCUGCCCUCUCUGCAACUCCAACCCACUGGAGCUCAGACACAGCACCUGCAGUUGUCAGGAGCAGAAAUGGCUCCUGACCCUCUCCCAAGGAAAUAUUUCCCUACAAGUCACUAAAUAUAUCCUAAUAUUGGCUUGAACUGUACCUGCAGUCAGCACUUCUCUGAGCUCUCGCUGUUACUUCUUAAAAAACGCAUUUUUAUGGAACUGCUUUGUCACUUCAUUAAAUCUAAUAGAGCCAUUUCAUUUUUACUUUAUCUUAUUUGUAGGGGUUGUUUUUGUGUGUGCCAAGGUGGAAGCCUAGCACAGGACUUCAAGUCCUGCAAGUCCUGUUUGCGUGUCUCUGUUGUGAGGUUCUUGGGGCAGAACGUUUGGAAAAAACCUGGAUUUGGGGAGGCACAGAAUCAUCAUUUUGUGCCUGCUGACCUCCCUCAGAGGGAGCCAAAACUCAGUCCCAUGGGAAAACGGAGCUGGGAGAGAAAUGCUCCCAGAAUUGAAACCACAGAUUGAUUUAUAUACAGUGAAGAAACAGUACUGACACUCCAAAAUCUAAGAAUUCAUGUCUUUGCAAGUCCCAGCAAGUCAGAAGUAUAUUAGGAAAUACCUAAAAUCAUUAAAAAAAAAUUAAAAAAAAAUAGGUACUUCCUAAAAUUUCAGGAAAUUUAGGAAAUUCAUUUCCUAAAAUAUCAGGAAAUGUUCCUAAGCUGCAGAACCAAGGCCCCAAAGCCACACAUGGGCCUUGGGGUGGGUUGUGGUCCCUCUCAGGGAGAAUGUGAAGAUAUUUUCUGAUCAGUGAAGGGAGAUGUGCCUUUAGGCUGUGCUUGGCCUGCAUUUCAGGGCUCCUGAGAACCUUUAGGUUGUGCUUGGCCUGGAUUUGUGUCUCUCCCUCAGCAAUCAGAAUUUUGAGAAGUGCUGAGAGGUGCAGGUCCUGCUCUCAGGGCCACCCACGGGCACAAAGUGACCCCACAAGGCCGAGGCAGCCCUGGGUGACCCCUCGGUGUUUUUGGCACCCCAGAUGGGACAGAAACUUCAUGUCUUGGGGUGGAUCCCUGGAACAGAGGCUGGGCAAGGUUCAGAGAAUAAAGUGGGGAUUUAUUAAAGGCCUUUGAUAUUUAUCAAUAGACACACCUUGGGCAGUCAGGGCCUCCCAGGGGCUGCACCCAGCACGGACAAUGGUCACGGGUUUUUCACACAAUUAUCAGUUUGGGCCAUUUGCAUAUCAGGGGUUAAUCCUCCAAUUACAACUUCAGGUAAUGAAGUCAUUAAUCCCCAGUUUGCUCCUCCCCAUUUAUUUUUGUUCCUACUUUUUGGGGCCUGAGAUGAACAAUGGUCAUGAGUUUUUCAGACAAUUAUCAGUUUGGGCCAUUUGCAUAUCAGGGGUUA